UUAUUUUGACAUUUUAUUAUAUUUUAAAUACAUGUCGUCAACGUUCGACUCAAAUUUAUAAUAAAGUAAAAAAUAUUAAAUAUUCAUAUUUGGGAACGUGGAAAAUACUCAAAUGAUAUUUUGAAAAAAGAAACAUUUCAAACUUCAAUCAUGUUUAAAAUAUAUAUUUCAUUUUAUAUUUUAUUUGUUAAUAUUGCUCUUAACAAAUGCAAUAUGCAGAUAGGCCCAGAGCCCUGGGACUACGUGAAUAAUGUGAAUUCAAUUGUGAUUGACGAAGAUAUACCACCUGAUCUUAAAGACAAGCCCCAGAGGAAAGUACAAACCAACAAUAACAUAGCAAUUGGUGAAUGGUUUUAUAAAAGGAUAUUAACCAUUGUCUUAAAAGGGGGCCAAAUGAAGAAAAAUGAGGAUGGUUCUAUUGAUAUAUCACUGCAUAUGAAAUACAAUGAAGAACGUUGGAAUAUUCUUGAUGGUUAUAUCAAACCCAAUACUGCAUAUUCUGAAGAUAUGUACAGACGUUCCAUUGGAUAUAUAGAGGAAGCUAUAAUUAAACCAAGUAUCAGUGAGAAGAUUGUCUUUGCUUGGAGUGAAUACUUCCAAUACUAUUUAAUAGAAUAUAAGACAUAUAUUAUGUGGGCUGCAAGUAUUUUAGCAGGAGUCUUGACAAUAUUUUGGUUAUGGAAUCAUAUUUCACAUAAACAUGUAAUAAUAUUAGUGAUCAUUGGUCUUUAUUUAUAUGAAGUAUUAAUAUCUUAUAAGGAGGCUGAAAAACAAGAACUUGAUAGAUUCAUAACAGCUGUCAACACUUGCAAGUGGUACAUUUGGACAACAGACUGUCAUGUGCCACCACCUGACCCUCUUAUAUUCUUGAAACACAUGAAUCCACUCAAAAUUGGCAUUCGUAUGUUCACCACAUUGGUAUCAGAACCCAUGAUAACAAUUAGCGAAACCAUUAAAAUUAUUAUUCAUGGCAUUACUGAUGGAUUGUGGUUUCCAUUGAAUAAAAUAACGUAUGGAAUUCUGGUUGUUACUUUUAUGAUACUAAUGGUAUUUUUGCUGAUAAUGAUAAUAUUUAAUUAUAUUCUAAACAUUCCAUUCAAGUUAAGUUUUUUGGGUAUUGUGAGUAUUGGAUUAAAACAACGUAAUAGAAGCAUGCAAAAUACCAUUGUUCAUGAGCCAAUUGGUGCACCUCAAGGGGAAAAUACAGAUAGAAUUAGUGGCGAAAAUUUGUCGAAGCUCUUAGAAGUGUACACACGUGCAUUGAAUACUGUUAAUUCUUCACAAAUACAACAAAGAGGUGCACUACAAAAUUCCAAUUCAUCACUGACAUAUAAAUCAAAAUUGACCAGAUCAGCAAGUACAGGACGAUUGCCUAAUUAUGAAAGUGAAAAUUAUAAUAAUAACAAUAUUUUACAACAAUAUAAACAAAAUGGAAGUGGAGAUCACUGAUUAAAAUCAGUUUUUUUUUAAUGUGAAUAAUAAUGACUAGUACCUACUUAGCAUUCCAGUCAUCUGUAACAAAGUUUAUCUUAAUCUGUAGUCAAGACUUUAAAUCUUAGAUGUUAAAUUCUGCUUUAAUUUUUUUUAUUAAUUUAUAGUUUGUCUAGAUUUAGCUGUGUGUCAUAAAUUCCUUACUUAUUAAAGGAAUAUAAUUAAUUUUCGACUAACACUUAUUACUACUAUUUUUUCACUCAAAAUAUAUUUAACCUGGGAUAGUAUAAAAAUAAAACUUAUUUAAUUUUAAAUGUAAAUUUAAUUCGAAGUCUAAUCAAGUUAAUUAAGUAUUAUAACAAAUGUUUUUAAUAACCAUGUUUUUUUAAUAUAAUUUGUAAAUAAAUAAACUUUUUAAUGUUAAUUUUUAUUUCUUUUUUGUGAUGCUUAGUGAGUAGUGUUGUAAGAAAAUUAAAAUAUAUUAUCAACUAGAAAUAUUUCGUUCAGAUAAAAGAAGCAUUAUUUUAUUUUAAAAAAUGAUACAACAGUAUCUAAGUAAGAAGCAAAUUCUAAUCUCGAUUUAAUUUCUUACAUUCUAAGGCUAUUGGUCAACCAACAUUCGCAACCCCAUAAUUGAUAACAUAACAAAACAUUAUAAAUAUGUACAACUAUCACUUGUGGGUUGAUUUAAUAAGUUUCAUUAUAUACCUCUUGCACAAAUCCAGCUAAGCUUUAACCAUAAUAUUCGUGUGGCGCCACUAUACUCGACUAGCCUACUCUAGUUUAUCUAUAGAAUCUAUAUGGACUAAUCAAUGAUGAACCAUUUUAAAUUGAUGUGAACACUAAGUUAUAGUUUAAUUACUUAAAGUAUAAAUGUAGGCAUAGAAUUUGAAUGUCUUAAUAGUUAAAGAGAAAAUCCUAGAAUAGAUAAAGGUUAUGUGCUUGAAUUGAAGCAUUUGAUAUUCACUGAAUUCGUCACAAAUAAAAAAGCAAUUAGUUAGGAUAUAUGUCGAUUUAUGUGUAGUGUGUUAUUGCACUCAUCAGUUGUCAAAUAAUGCAGAUCAUUUUUAUUUACUUCAUUUUUUGACACUAUAUAGCUAAGUAAUAAA